ACGAAUAUUAUUUUCUUCUCCUUCCUCCCUAGCUAGGUCACCCACCAUAUUAUAUAUCCUAUAAAAAAUAACAAAAACUAAUUAUUCAUCAAUAUUGAAGAAAAAAGAAAAUGGGGAACGAAUUAAUGAUUUUUAUGGUAAUGGUGAUUGUUCAAGUUGCGUUUGCUGGAAUGAUAAUAAUAACAAAAUUAGUGAUGGAUAGUGGCAUGGAUCCUUUCGUUCAGUCAGCAUAUAAGCCUAUUUUUGCCACCAUCUCCAUUGCUCCAUUUGCUUAUGUCUUAGAAAGGAAAACUAGACCCAAGAUGACACGCUCUACAUUUUUUCAGAUAUUUUUGUGUUCUAUUUUCGGGAUAACGGCGAACCAAUAUGCAUAUUUUAUUGGGUUAAAUAAUUCAACUCCAACAAUUGCUUCCGCCAUUGAUAAUCUAAUCCCAGCUUUCACGUUUAUCAUUGCCGUACCCUUGGGGGUUGAAAAAUUGGGAUUAAGAAGUAUAGCAGGACAAACCAAGUUUUGGGGUACAAUAGUAUGUGUUGGAGGUGCAAUGUUAUUGUCAUUAUAUCAUGGAAAAGUUGUAAUUGGUCAAUUAGGAUUUCACUGGAAAUAUGAAGAAAAUACAGGCAAAGAUGUCAAUUCUUCCCAUUCCAACUUCUUUUUAGGACCUUUUUUACUUAUAAUGGCUAGUCUCACUUAUGCCAUUUGGUUAAUCAUUCAGGGAAGGGUAAGUGAGAAAUAUGCUGCUCCAUAUACAUGCAUAACGUUGAUGUGCUUCAUGGCAAGUGUGGAGAGUGUAAUUAUUGGAUUCUGCGUCGUUCCAAAACUUUCUGAAUGGGCUUUAAAUCCCAUUAGAGCUAUCUCCGUGGUCUAUAAUGGAGUUGUGAGUACAUCAUUUGCAUACUUUCUAAGCUCAUGGUGCAUUGAGAAAAAAGGUCCCUUAUAUGUCUCGAUGUUCAAUCCGUUGUUAUUAGUUAUUUCCGCAUUCCUCAGUUGGACUUUGCUUCGUGAGAAAUUAUACCUUGGAGUAGUUGUAGGAUCAAUCAUAGUAGUAGCUGGGCUUUAUGGAUUUUUGUGGGGCAAAAAGAUGGAGACAAGUGUAGAAAAUAUUGAAGUAAAUAAAGAGAAGAUGAUGAAGCAGUUCAAUAAAUCAGUUGAUUUGGAAUUACAAUUACCAAAAUCUAAUGAUCAGAGAUCAUCAGAAUUAGCCAAAACUAAAUCAUGAGACGGGAAUUGUCCAAGACUAUAUAAACAGACUACUCAACCGGUGGGUGUUGGCUAUUAACCAUCAAUGUGGAAGUUCUUCACAAGUUCAUAUCUUUGCAUUUUUGAAUUUAAAAUAGUGAAUGUUAUUAAUUGUUAGUUGAUAAUUGGACUUGUAAAAUGAAAGCUUCAAAUCUCCAAUGACUCUAAACUUCUUGUCAAAAUGGUGACUAGAACAUGGACAAAUCCAAAAUGUUUCUCUCAAACCACAUCUGUGAGAAUAUUUUACUACAAUCACAACAACAAAUAAAGAAUUUUGUUGUAAUAAUUUACCGGGUAGUAUAACUGUUGGGUUUUUAAGGUGUGAACACGAAAUGAAGGGUUAUGACUUUGUCAAAGAAUUGUGACCUUUAUGAAAUGUUGUGUUUUUUCUAAA